AUGCCGCGCACACCAUUUCGGUUGUUUUCUCCUAUUCAAUUUGGCCCAGGGCCACAAGAUGAAGAAAGCGAAGAGACAUCGAGCCCAGACAUCACUAGAGAAUCUGAGGAUACUCUUGAAGAUCCAUACACCAUAGAUGACAUAGACUACGACGAUGAUGAAUCAGAUCUGUCCAGCACUCUGAAAUCGGUUUCUGACGAGGUUUUAGUUUUUGUAGCUGGCGCAUGCCUCGAAAGAAUGUCAGAUUCUGGAUUUGGUAGAAUGCUCUCUUCUCAAGAUGAGGGGUUUCGCAAACAAGCAUGGAAGCUAUGGAAAAAUGAUCUGACAACAUUCAGCAUUCAUGAAGAUCUUAUAUUGGAAGACUUUGGAAGUCGGAAUAUGGGAACCGGCUGA